CAAUACCUACUUUUCAGGACUAUUUAUAACGAAUACUGAUUUCGCUGGAUUCCAGUUUUCGCACCGCGUCGCCGCGUGUUAAGGAAACAAUUUCGGAAACUAAACAUGCUAUACAUAAAAUAUAAUUAGGUUUCCCCUGUAGGCUACUCGCUGUAACACACAGAUUAAUCAAACUAGGUUAACGCAGUUCGUGUCCCGUCGAUCUGAUAAAUGAUUUCAUUAACCAUAAGUGAAGGCUAGAUUUUCUGUUUGCCCCUCUCAUUUUUCAAAGUGAACCUUAAUUAUAUCACGUGCGAUUAGAAGGUCACAUUGCGACGGCUAGGAGCGUGUUCUCUAUUUCAAGUCAACGACAAAAAGGCAGUUUCUCUUUCUUAAGCGCGGUCAUCCGCGGAACAACGUUAUAGUCCGAGAUUUAAAAAAAAAGCCUCAACAAAGUCUCACAACAACGGGGACAAGGGCCUUUCCAAAGCAGCUUUUUAUAAAGUAGCUAGUGUACGUGAUGUCGUCUAACACAAGUGAAGUAGUAGUUGUAACAGGGUUCGGUCCUUUCAGGAAGUAUUUGAUUAAUCCCAGCUGGCAGGCAGCCCAGGGCCUGAAGGCGACGGGUCUGGGAGAGGGCGUGGAGGUCUACAUUAAGGAGCUGCCAGUGAGCUAUGUCAAAGCGCAGCAGUUAAUUUCCCACAUCUGGGAGACAGUCAGUCCCAAGUUGGCCGUUCACCUGGGGAUCGACCCUGGGACUAAAGCGGUACGGCUGGAACAGAGAGGAAAGAACCAGGGUUACAGAGACCGUGACGUGUGUGGCUUCUGUCCCGAGGGAAACUGCUGUGUAGCGGGAGGUCCAGACAAGGUGGACUCCAUCAUAGACAUGAAGUCGCUCACCAGACUCCUCAACAGCAGCGGGCUGGACGUGAUGUACUCAAGAGACGCCGGAAGAUACCUCUGUGACUUCGUUUACUACCACUCCCUGCUUCUUGGACAGGGGAGAGCGAUCUUCAUUCACGUGCCCGCCUCGGGAAAGCUGGCUGCUCCAGAGAGGCUCGUGCCCCUGCUGCGCGCCGUCAUCAUGGCGAUGCUGCAUCAGCUCGAGGUCUCCUCGAGCCCUGAGUCUGACCAACUCCAGCUGCAAGCAGGCCAAAGUGUGCGCUGAGCCUUUUUUUUGUGGGAUGCAAGAUUUUUAAAACGUCGCACACAU